CCACAGAGAACGACUGUGUGUAUAUGUCUAUGUGCGUCGUUAAGACGAAAACGAGGUUGCCCUUGAUGCUCGUCUGAGUAGUACUACAAACAAUCCACCACUCUGAUCUCUCGAGACAUGCUUUGGAACCAUGGCUAGGAUGGCAUCUCGACGAACACCUAUUUUUACCGCCAACCGGUUGCAAAUAUGCACAUAUCUGUUUGGAGUUUGCCCCUUUUCAAUUGCAUUUCUAGUUUUUCUCAAUUCGUCCGUUUCCUUCGUGGUCACGGAACUUCUUGGCCUUGAUGCGGGAGAAGGCGAUGCUGUUGGGACUUUGGGAUUCGCAGAUGAACUACUUGCCUUGAUUGCUUGUCCCCUCUGGGGAGUGCUCUCAGAUCGAAUUGGAGUCCGUAAUGUUUGCGUGACUGGUUAUGGAAUCAUCGCCAUCGCGUUGCUCGUGUUUGUUCAAGCGAAGAAUGUUUAUCCUCAGCUUCUCUUAGGACGUUUACUCUUCAGUCUUGGAGGCGCAGCGGUAUCGACCAUGGUCACGGCCGUGCUUCCAGCUGUGGUCGGAUCUCCAUCACAGUCACAGCCCACCGCAUCGAGUCGUGUGGCUGAGAAAACGCCGUCCUCCAAGCUAGCUGGAUAUGUUGGAAUGUGUGCUGGAAGCGGUGCACUAGUCGCCCUCGUUGUCUUCCUACCUCUGCCAUCUCGACUUCAGCAGUGGGGAGUCUCACCACCACAAUCCAUUCAAUAUAGCUACUAUGUUGUUGCGAUCGUGUCUCUGUCGGUUGCUGUCCUCUGUUCUGUAGGGUUGAGGCACCUUCCCGGGGAAGAAGGCAAAGCCUGGAGCUCUUUAUGGGCUCGGGGCCGACGGGAAAGGCCGGAGAACACUUGUGCGAGUGACGACCGAAAUACUGAUUAUAGCAAGCGACACUUGCCGUACUUCCAGCAGCUUGGCGCUGCGCUGAUGCUAGGAUUCCAUAAUAGCGACAUUUUCCUUGGCUAUGUGGGCGGUUUCGUGGCUCGGGCAUCAUCUGUCGGAAUCUCGUUAUUCAUUCCCCUAGCGGUCAACCACUAUUAUCGACAGUCUGAUUUAUGCCAGGGCAAUAACGGGGAUGGAAUGGGCUCCGAUGCUGUCAAGCAAUCAUGCCGUAGAGCUUAUGUGCUGGCUUCAAUUCUGACCGGUGUUUCUCAGCUCAUCGCGUUGGUGGCGGCGCCGAUUUUUGGGUAUAUGUCAGAGCGGUCGCGACAAUACCCGAUGCCCCUGCUAGGGGCAUGUGUGGCAGGGGUGGUCGGCUAUAUCACAUUUGCGGUGCUUCCCAGUCCGGACUUCAGAGAGCCCCACGGUAGUCCUGGCGUCUUCGUUGUGAUGGCGCUCCUUGGACUCAGUCAGGUUGGGGCCAUCGUCUGCAGCUUGUCUGUCCUUAGCACCGGAAUACUCCGUAUGGGUUCUCAAUGCCGGGUAGGAGAUGGAUAUGGUUCUUCUCCAUCCACUCUCUAUGGCGAGGAGACCGACGACGACCUGGUGUCGGCCGAUGAGACUGAAGGGGACCAAGAGGAGCAGGCUCUGUUGGCUUCAGCUACGGAACGAAACCAGCAGCCCCUGGCGCACCUGAAAGGUUCCAUCGCUGGAGUGUAUUCCCUGUAUGGCGGCGCAGGCAUUUUGGUCCUGACCAAAGUCGGAGGAUUACUAUUCGAUGUCCUCUCGUCGGGAGCUCCGUUCUACAUCCUGGCAAGCUUCAAUGGAUUCUUAAUCUUGGCGGGAAUAGCCUGUGGGGUUGUUAAGCACUCGAAGACCCGCUAGGCUAGCAACUGAGAUGGUUGGUUGGAAACUUGGCAGUCGGAGUUGACGGCUCGAGUUAAAUUUGGCGGUGAUGGCGGUGAUGGCGGCGGCAGAUGGAGCUUGGGCAGUGAAAGUAUGGGGCUGCGACGAUCUCAUUUUCCCUCAUUUUCUGUAUUUUGGUUGAGCGGGGAGUGCUGGUCCUGCUGGAGUCCAGGACGGAUCUCUCAGCGACUCGACCCACAAGCCCUUUUUCCUCCAGGGAACUUUCUUUGUCCGCAAUGGAUACUUGGAAAAGAAUUGAUUGAUUCUUACUCUCUAGUGCUUACACAUGAGCCGCAAACAUGAAGGCUGAGUGCCUCAGCCCACUUGACAAGCAGGAGUCCGAUUCAUGCGCGAGUCUCGUGAAAUGAU